ACAUACUCGGGUCUCUUUUGCGUGGUCGUCAACCCCUACAAGAGGCUGCCAAUUUACACGGAAAAGAUCAUGGAAAGGUACAAGGGAAUCAAAAGGCACGAAGUGCCACCACACGUGUUCGCCAUUACCGAUACUGCCUACCGCUCCAUGUUGCAAGACCGGGAGGAUCAGUCCAUUCUCUGCACCGGCGAGUCCGGUGCCGGGAAAACGGAAAACACGAAGAAGGUGAUACAGUAUCUGGCGUACGUGGCGGCCUCAAAACCGAAAUCGAACGCGGUAAGUUGCUUUUUCAAAUUAUCAGACCAUUCGUUACGUAAUUUGAUAUAUUUUG